AUGCAAGACACUGCAUCGAUUUCGAGCGUCGAGAAACGCGGCCUCCUCCCCGACUUGGCCUACGAUGAUCCUUUCGAAUACUCGCACGGCCUGUCAGGCGUGGACCAGACCGGGAACUACCUCUGGACUAACGUUCUUGUUGUCUGUUUCAUGGCACUGUGUGGAGCGGCUCUCCUUCUACGACUUGCCAAGCUAUGGAGCGCACACAUGCGACAUCUAAACGCGAUGGGGAAGAAGGAGCAAGCAUAUUGGGGACAGAACCGCACCUCGUGGUGGCCAUGGCUGCAGAAGCAUCUGUUCAUGGCGCCACUAUGGAAGCAUCGCCACAACCGUCCGUUCCAGCUGUCCUCCACUGUCGCCAACGGAACCCUUCCCGGCCGAUUCCAUACCCUACUGCUCGCCGUCUACCUCUUGAGCAACAUCGCAUACUGCUUGGUUCUCCCGUGGGACAGGCCUGACUCCUCAUCCGUGAUCGCAGCUUUGAGAGGCCGGAGUGGGAGUUUGGCUGCGCUGAAUCUCAUUCCGACUAUCCUGUUUGCGCUUCGUAACAACCCUCUGAUCUGGAUCCUCAAAGUCAGCUACGACGACUUCAACCUUCUGCAUCGAUGGGCCGCGAGACUAGUCGUUAUUGAGUCCCUUGUCCACACUCUCGCUUGGCUUGUCAACACACACCAUGCAGGCAACUGGGCCGGCGUAGGGGAGGUACUGAAGGCGAACGCAUCUUACCAGUGGGGCAUGGUAGGGACUGCUAUCUUUUUGUUCAUGGUCGUACAGGCCUGUUCACCGAUUAGGCAUUCCUUCUACGAGACAUUCCUUACCGCGCAUCGCAUCCUGGCCAUCGUAGCAAUCAUCGGAGUCUACGUGCACAUAGACCUUCAUCACCUUCCUCAGCUCCCAUGGAUCAAGAUCGUCUUUACCCUUCUGGGUCUGGAAUGGUUCUUCCGUGUCGCUCGGAUUGUCUGGUUCAACCUGGGUCGUCGUCGCUGCACUCGCGUUCAAAUCGAGGCUCUACACGGUGAAGCGUGUCGCGUUACCGUCGAUAUGGUUCGACCUUGGACUCCACGGCCUGGCUGUCACGUGCACAUAUACCUUCCCGCCCUCCAAUGGUGGACCUCCCAUCCCUUCUCAGUGGCCUGGAGUAAACCAGACAAGGAAUGGUCACCCAUAGAAGACAAGCUACCAACAUCGGAAAAGGAAAUCGAAGAGCUCUUCAGCUUACGCCGCUCCAGCCGUAGCAUCUCGCUCAUCUGCCGCGCUCGAGAAGGCAUUACGCGCCUCAUGUACGAGAAAGCCUCCAACUCCCCGAACAACACCUUCACUACCUGGGGCGCUAUUGAGGGACCCUAUGGCGGCCACGACUCUCUAAAAUCAUACGGCACUGUCCUCCUCUUCGCCGCCGGCGUUGGUAUCACGCACCAAGUCCAAUAUGUGCGCGAGCUCCUCCAAGGCUUCGCCGACGGCACUGUCGCCACACGCAAGGUCGUCCUCGUUUGGACAGUCCCCAGCGCCGAGUGCCUCGAGUGGAUCAAGCCUUGGAUGGAUGAGAUCCUGUCUAUGCCGAGGCGAAAAGAGGUCUUCAAGAUGAUGAUCUUCGUUUCGAAACCCCGACGGCCAGAAGAGAUCCGCAGCGUCAGCGAAACGAUCACUAUGCAUCCGGGCCGGUGUCCCAUCCCAAGCGUGCUCGAUCGCGAGAUCGCGACGCGAGUCGGCGCCGUUGCGGUGACUGUGUGCGGUGCCGGGCCUUUCACGGACGACGUGAGGGCUGCGGUGCGGAGACGCGUGGACACUUGCCAUAUGGAUUUCAUCGAGGAAGCUUUUACGUAUUGA